GAACUAAUUUAUCUGGUAGUUCAUCCAAUAUGGCGCAGAAAGCACCGUCACUUCAGUCUCUCUAUGUGGAACUGAAUCGGUUUGGACAGAAACAGGAAUUUGAAAAGGCCGUAAAGACAUGUGGAAGAAUUCUGCAUUUUUAUCCUGCGGAAUUCAGUGCAUUCCAAUGCAAAAUUGUGAGUUUGCUUCUUCUUGACCGCUUUGAGGAUGCCCUGAAUGCUUUGAACAAGGACAAGACCCACUCAGUGGGUCUCAAGUUUGAGAAGGCGUAUUGUGAAUAUCGCCUGAAUCGAACCACAGAUGCCUUGGCCACUCUUCGUUCCAUCACUGAGCAUGACACUCGUAGCAAAGAACUGCUAUGCCAAGUGUUGUAUCGCAUCGAAGAGUACGAGGAGUGUUACACUUUGUACAAGGAUCUCAUCAAGAACUCAGAGGAUGACUUUGAUGCGGAGAGACAGACCAACUUUGCCGCGGUCAUCGCUUCUCUGCAAAUGUGGGAUGUCAGAGAUAUGUCUGAUCCUGGCCUGGAUGAGAGCUCCUAUGAGAUCUGUUACAACAAAGCUUGUUACUUCAUCGGUAAGGGGGAUCUUGACACAGCUAUGGAUAUGUUGGCGAAAGCAGAAGAGCUGUUGAAAAAUGAUCCAGACUUGACAGAAGAAGAACUUGAUGAGGAGCUUGCUAUUAUAAGAGUUCAGCGGGGCUAUAUCAAGCAGUGUCUGAACAAGAAUGACCAGGCCUCCCAGCUGUACAACCAGGUGCUCAAGACGAAGCCGUCGGACAUGGGACUGGUGGCUGUCGUCUCUAACAAUGUGGUCACAAUCAACAAGGACCAGAACAUCUUUGACUCAAAGCGUAAGAUUAAGGCUGCCAGCGGAGAUGGGCUCAAACACAAGACUGUCUCUGCUCAGCGCAAGCACAUCAGUGUAAACCAGUGUUUAGUGCACAUGUACUCCAACCAGAGUGACCAGUGUCACCAGUUGGCAAAAAGACUGCAUGACCAGUACCCUGACUUGGAGUCUCCAGUGCUGAUUCGUGCUGCACAAUUUGUCCGUGACAAGAAGAUGGAUGAGGCCUUAGCUCUUCUAAAGGAGUACUCCAAAUUGGGCAAGAAUCAGUCGGAGCGUGCUCAGCUCAUCUUGGCUCAGCUACAGCUGGCUCAGGGCAGUGUCUACCAGGCAUGUGAUGCUCUCAAGGGUCUCGGGGACCUCGCCUACUGUCCAGGCAUCGUGUCCACUCUAGCGACUCUCUACAUGAGCCAAGAGGACAAGGAGGCAGCCUCAGAAGUGCUCACCAAUGCUGUCAACUGGUACAAGAAGAAUGAUCCCAAGUCAUCAGCAUUGCCCAUGUUGACGAGAGCGAACGCCGACUUCCAGUUGAAGAACGGACGAGCAGAAGCAGCAGCUAAGAUGCUGGAGGAUCUACGCAGUUCAAGUCCUGGUGAUGCCUUGGUCCUGGCUCAGCUUAUCUCUGCUUAUGCACUGUUCGACUCCAAGAAAGCUCAACAGAUCAGCAAAGAUUUGCCAUCAGUGGAGAAGAUUGUGCAAGGCCUGGAUGUGGAUGCUCUAGAGGCCUCAUUCAGCACAUUGGGACCCAAGUACAUGAAGAAGCAGCAACCAGCCAAGGGUGAAGCAUCGCCCGUCACGUCAGGGGAUACGCGGUCAGGAGACACGGUCAUGCUGAAGAAAAAACAGAGGAAGAAGAAGAAGGGCAAACUGCCCAAGAACUGCGAGGCCGGCAGUGACAUUGACCCAGAGAGGUGGCUGCCAAGGAAGGAGCGGUCCUACUACCGUGGCAAGAGGAAGGACAAGAGGAAGGAGAUCGGCAAGGGUACCCAGGGCAUGUCCGCUGCAACACAAGCCAUCACAGAUUCUUUAGAUGCCAGCAAACAGACAGGAAGCGGAAGUGAGCCAGCGUCGCCCCGCCCCUCGGGGUCCGGUGGUUCUCCUUCCUCCCCACAAGGUUCGACGACUUCGCCUAUGCCCAUGGCUCAGGGGCCCCGACAGCAGAAGCCGGCAGCGGCCAAAAAGAAGAAGAAAGGCGGGAAGGGUGGAAAGUGGUAGAGUGUAAUGAGAGUUUGUGUCGAUCUGGAUGGAGACCUUGUCCUUUGUCACCAUAAGUUUGAAAAAUGUGAGAUGUGGGCUUUUGGUUGUCUGACCAGGUGUGGUGGAAUUAGAUAAUUAGUGAAAAAAAGGAGAUAACCUUAUCUGUUUUUAUUUGGUAAAUUUUAUGUCAGUGCCAUGUGCAAAGGUGUAUGGAUUCAUGUAAAAAAUUUUAUAGAUUUGCUGAGGCUAUGACUAAUCAAUGAAGUGUCAAUAUUUGGAAAAAUGUUGUAAAGUCCACAAAAUGCUCAUGUGCAUUUCUUGCUUAGAGGAUAGAAAAAUCUUUUUUUGCUGUUUGAAGUGAUUCAUAGGAAAAAAAUACUCUCAUGAAUAACCCUAAAGCACUUAAAAAUAUCCUCGCUCUCUGUAGUUUUGCUUUGAGAACUUUUUCGUGAAGAGCCCCAUCUAUGACAGAUUAGGUUAAUUAUAAAUAUGAAUCAUUGGUCGAAUUGAAGGUUAUGUUGAUGUACCGUAUCAUGUAACAGGCUCCUACCUGCAAUAUUUUAUCUUUUGUUCAUACCCAAUGAGGAAAAAGUUGUCGAGGUUUAUGUGAUGAAUUGUGAUGUAUUACAAGAUUUUAAGAAAUAUAGCAAUCGUCCAGCAUAUAUCUGUGGUUGCUUUGGCUCUGUAUCACCUUUACCUGAUCUUUACCAGACUUGGAUUUUUCUCCUAAACUCAGCAUCUUCUUACUUUACUGUAUUGACUUUUCUAGGCCAUGUUUAUGAUAAAUUUAUGGACGGAUGCAAGAUUCUGACAAGUCUCAAAUUGUGUAAUAGUGUUUGCGAAGUCUUGUGACCAGCCAACAACAUGACAUUUUUUUUUCUAAAUAAGCUUAGCUCUAUUGUAUUUUUCCAGCUACUCAAAUGAUUAAGACAAAAUGAAGCCAUGUUGUGAGCUGUACACAAAUUUAGCAUAUUAUGUAAUUUUCCUGGCCAGUAAUUUUUGGAGUGAGCCAAUAGUGAUUGAGCACUAAGGUAGUCUGGUCUGAGACACCCUCGCAUAGAAUGACCUUGAACAAGCCUACUUAAAAAAGUAGCCAGUAGGCUGUUCACAAAACACAUCCAAUUAGAGAGCAGUAGUCACACUGGGCUGCAGGCCAUAUGAGGUUUCAUGAAUAUUAGAAAUGCUGAAUUUAAGAGAGGAAAUGAACGGAUAUGAAGCUUUUGAAUGCUAAAAAAUAUUACAAGCUCUUUUUUACCAGUAUUGGUCUCAUUGGCCUUAGCAGAAGCCUUAAGUCAUCUUGACCUUUACUUCUUUUGUUCACCUCAGCAGGUAUGUUGGUCAUCAUCAGAUAUUGGCCGACAUACUAUUAUUAUUAUUAUCACGUUGCAUUGCAGCAAGCCACACUUUGCAUUGAGCGUUUUUUCCUUUGGCCCCCCUCUGGGCUUGUUUUAUUUGUAUCUUAGCACUGUAAAGAGGUCUGGGGAAACAGUAGAUCUAUGUCUUUUUGUCUUUGUCUGGACUGGUAAUUUUGAUUAGAUUGAAAGUUUUUCAUCUGAAUAAAUCUCAAAGCAUGGACUGCUUUUUGAAAGGAAA